AUGACCCCGAGUGGCAUACUGAUGCACGAGAAGAACUUCACUUUGCCAGAAAUGUCCUCACCAGAGACCACAAAAGUAGAUCUUUUGAUCAUGAUUCCAGAGGUCCAGCAGGUGUCCCGAGAUGAACUGGGCUUCAGGAACCCUGCUUCCCUGGAAGCAAGCAUCCCAAAGGGCUUCCGAAUCCCGAUGAGUGCAAGAGACUUAACCAGUGCAGCAGAGCAGGUUGGUGCAACAAAGAUGACUGAAGGAGUCCAGCAGCGGCUGGCCUGGACCUUGGAGUUUAUGAGCAAGGAGCAGCUGAGGGAGUUCCUGCUGCGGCUGCCUGAUAAGGAUCUCUGCCAGCACUCUCCUGGGGAGACCCCAGCUCAACCAGAGGAGGUGGGUGGCAUGGAGGUGGCCUCACUCCUGGUGGCUCAACACGGGGAGCAGCAGGCCUGGAACCUGGCCCAGCAGACCUGGGAGCAGAUGGGCCUGAGCCAGCUGUGUGCCGCACCCCUGAAAGAGUCAGCUAUGCAGUCAGGAGACUUCGGAUCUGCAGCUACCCUGACAGAUGCCCCUACUUUGCUGCACUUUGUGGACAAGCAUCGGGAGGACCUGGUGGCUCGAGUGACAUCGGUGGAUGCAGUUCUAGACAAGCUGCAUGGACAGGUGCUGAGCGAGGAGCAGUAUGAGAGGGUGCGGGCUGAGCCCACCAAUCCGGACAAGAUGAGGAUGCUGUUCAGCUUCAGCAACUCCUGGGACAGGGCCUGCAAAGAUCAACUCUACAGAGCCCUGAAGGAGAUCCAUCCUCACCUAAUUGUGGAUCUCUUGGAGAAGUGACGCAGUGGAGGAGACCAGGGAAGCUACUGACAUGCUCGGCAGCUGAAGUCUGAACACCUGCUUAUAAGUCCUGGCUCUGACUGUCCAGGCUUUGGGUCUAGGUUUCUUCAUGUCUAAACACAUUGCCAUCGCCCAGCCAGAGAGGCUCAGCUGGUUGAGUGUUGUCCUGUGCACCAAAGGGUUGCUGGUUCAAUUUCUGGUCAGAGCACAUU